AUGGCUAGGCUUGUGGAAACAAUAUCAAACAUCAACGAUGGAAAAGAGCUUUGGAAGAUUGCUGUUAGGAUUCACCACAGAUGGAAUGUUGUUUCGAAUAACAAGGAACAUUUCGAAAUGAUAUUUGUAGACAAAUCUGGUGAUGAUAUUCAUGUAGUUGCGAAUGUUCAGGCAUUUAAGGCGUCAGGCCAUAAACAUAUUAUAAAGUUUACUGCUGGAACUUCUGUUGGCGAUAAAGACAAGCAUGACAUACCGCCGAAGCCGAUUGUUUUUACAAGUUUUUCAGACAUCAUAACAGGGAACUUUGUCAAAGAUGUCCUGCUCAACGUCAUUGGAAUGGUGGACAGUAUUGGUUAUGCACAGACUAAUUCUGGUGCAAAGAAGCAACAAAUAAAUAUGGUGUUGCGUGAUCACAUCAACAACAUGGUGAACUCUACUCUUUGGGAAUCAUAUGCGGAUCAGUUCACGAGGUUUAACAAAGAAAUGGUUGAUGCAUCACUUCCUACAAUUGUGUUGCUCCAGUAUGCCAAAUUCAAAGAAGAAGGAAAGUUUCCUCUGUCUGUAACAAACACCUAUAAUGUGACUGUUUUAUGUGUUGAUCCUGACUUCCCUCUCAUGAAAGACUUUUUAGACAAAAUGCCCAAAGAAAGCAUAGUAACUUUAUCUGAUCAGCUUGGAUCAAAUUCCUAUUUAUCCUCGCAUAAUUCUAAAAAUACUCAGCUUUCUCCCAUGCAAAAAUUGUUGUCGAAGGCUGUGGUUCUACCUAUUGCUGACAUUAUUCAACUGAGGGAUAUUACAUUUUGUGCUACUGUCGCUACCACAAAAUUAUUGGUCGCCUCUCCAUUUGGAUGGUACUAUCGUGCCUGCCAUAUGUGUCAAUCUAUAGCACGGGGCGACAAAGCUCCCUUUGAGUGUGAGGCUGGUCAUGAAACCAUGGCUGAAAUCUAUAGGUAUAAGAUUGAGAUUGAAGUUGCACAUGGCGGUAACAGUUGCAAUUUUGUCUUCUGGAACAAAGAAUGUGAAAUACUCUUGGGGUUAUCUGCAGCUCAACUUCGUGACACUAUGAUCAAGGCCGGAAUUACUGAUCCGUUGGAGUUCCCAUUAGCCCUUGAUGAGAAGUUGAAUAUGGAAAUGGCUAUGAAGGUUAAGUGGCAUCCACACUGGAAGAACUGUCUAGUCGUUAUGCUUAUAAAAAACGACCCUUUGUCCAACAACUUAAGGAAAAUUGGGGAAACAAUGAGUAUAUUAAUCUAUAUGACUAUGUUUAACUUUCUACAUAUUAAAGAGAGUGUUGAUGAGGCCAAGACAGUUGCACUUGAAGACUGUGAAGACAUUGAAAUUACUUCUGAGCACAAACCGGAUGCUGUCACCCCUGGUGGUAAGAGGCAUUUUCCUGGUGCAUCAACAGAGUCAACAACUUUGGAAGGAUUAUGCGAUGGAGAACUGUCAUCAAACAAGCUAAAGAAGAUAAUUAAACUGGAGAAGGAUGAUUAG